AGUGCAGGUUGGGGUGCAGUGACCGAUAGUUUGGGUCCCAAACACACACACCACUAAGAGACUUAGUUGCGAACGCACUCUGGAUUUCCAUCCACUCACUAUAGAAUAGAACUAUAAUAUCUAUAGAAUAGAACUGUAAUAUCUAUAGAAUAGAACUAGAAUAUCUACAGAUGAUGAAGGAGCCUGGGUCCGUCCAGGGGUCUGUUGUCAUGACUACAGAAUAUCAUGAUGACUUCCAAAAUACAGACACCAGCGACAACCGAGCCUUCUGGACCAAAGAGCCGGAGUCGGGGUUAGGCCAAGCACACCAAUCAGGCAGAGGGAGAUGGAUGUGGGCGGGGCCUGUUCUGUCUGCUUUCUUCCUAUUGGCUCUGAUCAUCUUUGUCUCCGUCAGCAAUAGGAAUACUGACAGCAGGUUCUCGUCAAUAGAAAAGACUGUUGCCAACCUGAGUUCGGCUGUUCAGACUGUCAUCACCACUCUACAACAGAGCAAAGCCUCAGAGGCAGAGUUGCAGAAGGAGAUUGGAAGGCAGAAGUUCACCAUGGAAAUGACAGAACGAAAGCUGGAUUCAGUGUCGGAGUCGGUGAAGGAGUUUGAUCAGUUGGAGUCCCUUCGUUCUGCUGUUGCCGGAUUGAAGUGUUCCUUAGACAGAGUCCUGCACAACGACACAGUUUCAGGGUGCUGUCCACUUGGCUGGGUGUUGACUGGCUCCUCCUCCUGCUACUUCUUCUCGUCUGACGGGUUACCAUGGAACCAGGCUCGAGACUACUGCUCUAACUACAAGGCCCAGCUGGCUGUACUGAAGACUGAACAGGACUGGGACUUUGUAACAGGCAGUACCAAGCCGCUGUUCUUCUGGAUUGGACUGUCAGAUGAGAGGACAGGAGAAUGGGAGUGGGUGGAUGGAACACCUUAUAUCAUGGACCGCAGCCAGUGGAAGCCGGGCCAGCCUGAUAACUGGAAAGGCCAUGGUCUGGGUGGGACAGAGGACUGUGCUAUGAUACAUGCCAACGGACAGCUGAAUGAUGACCACUGUUCCCGUAGUUACCGCUACGUCUGUCAGGGACACACACUGACACACACUCACUGAUACACACAUAACUCACACACUGAUACACACACACACUGAUAAGUCACACUGACAUUCACACACACUGAUACACACAUUGUAACUCACACACUGAUACACACACACACUGAUACACACAUAACUCACACACUGAUAUACACACACACACACACUGAUACACACAUAACUCACACUGAUAUACACACACACACACACUGAUACACACAUAACUCACACACUGAUAUACACACACACACACACUGAUACACACGUUGUAACUCACACACUGACACACACACACACCAACAAGCUCUCACAGUCUUACUGUAGAAUUAGACUUGUAUCCACGUUCUCCAAACGUUAAUAAACUUCAAAGUGUUUUUGACACCCUGGGUGCUCAGCAUCGUUCAGUCUCACCAAAUGUCAAAUUAAUUAAGAGUUAAAGUUUGGGAUAGGGUAAAAAAUACAUAUACUGAACAAAAUUGGGGUCCUGUGUGGCUCAGUCGGUAGAGCAUGGCACCUGCAACGCCAAGCGUCGUGGGUUCGAUUCCCGCCACCCAUAUGCAAAAGUAGUGGCCCCAGCCGACCUGUAAGUCGCUUUGGACAAAAGCGUCUGCUAAAUGGGAUAUAUUAAAAUUAACGCAACAUGGAAAGUGUUGGUCCAAUUUUUCAUGAGCUGAAAUACAAAAUCAUAGAAAUGUUUGAUAAGCACAAAAAAGCUGAUUUCUCUCACAUUUAUUUCACAAAUGUGCAAUUUUGUUACACAAUACAAUGCUGACUGCAGGAAUGUCCACCAGAUCUGUUGUCAGAGGAUUGAAUGUGAAUUUCUAUACCAUAAGCAACAUAAUGUAGAGAUUUUUGCAGUACAUUCCGCCGGCCUCAUAACCUCAGUACAUGUGUAACCACGCUAGUUCAGGACCUCCACAUCCGGCUUCUUCACCUGAGGGAUCAUCUGAGGAUGGGGAGGGGGUGCUCAUGAGUAUUUCUAUGUGUAAUAAAACCCUUUAGUUGGGAAAAAAUCAUUCUGAUUGGCUGGGAAUGCCUCCCCAGUGGGUGGACCUGGCUCCCAAGUGGGUGGGCCUAUGCCCUCCCAGGCCCACUCAUUGUUGCGCCUCUGCCCAGUCAUGUGAAAUCCAUUGAUUUGGACUUAAUUUAUUUCAAUUGAUGGAUUUCCUUCUAUGAACUGUAACUCAGUCAAAUAUUUGAAAUUGAAGCAUGUUGCAUUUAUAUUUGUGUUCAGUAUAAAUAAAUACAAAUACUGGGAUCAAAUACCCAACCUUCUGAUGCAGAGUUAUGCCCUUCAACCUCCCCUAGCAAAACCCAGAGUUAUGCCCUUCAAUCUCCCCUAGCAAAACCCAACCUUCUGAUGCAGAGUUAUGACCUUCAACCUCCCCUAGCAAAACCCAGAGUUAUGCCCUUCAAUCUCCCCUAGCAAAACCCAACCUUCUGAUGCAGAGUUAUGCCCUUCAACCUCCCCUAGCAAAACCCAGAGUUAUGCCCUUCAAUCUCCCCUAGCAAAACCCAGAGUUAUGCCCUUCAAUCUCCCCUAGCAAAACCCAGAGUUAUGCCCUUCAACCUCCCCUAGCAAAACCCAGAGUUAUGCCCUUCAAUCUCCCCUAGCAACACCCAACCUUCUGAUGCAGAGUUAUGCCCUUCAACCUCCCCUAGCAAAACCCAACCUUCUGAUGCAGAGUUAUGCCCUUCAACCUCCCCUAGCAAAACCCAGAGUUAUGCCCUUCAAUCUCCCCUAGCAAAACCCAGAGUUAUUCCCAUCCAGCUGAUGGUAAUAAUUCUCACUGCCCAUAGUGCCUGGUUUUUGAGGUAUUUCUCGAUGUCCUCUGGACAUGGAUAGACGUCCAAUUUUAAAGUCGAUCUCCCUUCACACACACACACACACACACACACACACACACACACACACACACACACACACACACACACACACACACACACAGACACACACACACACACACACAAGGCAAUGUCUCCCCACAUAACACAAACAGCCUAGGUUCUGAUGUUCUGAUAUUAAACCACUGUAACACGUGUCAACAUGUCUGAUGUUCUGAUAUUAAACCACUGUAACACGUAUCAACAUGUCUGAUGUUGUGAUAUUAAACCACUGUAACACGUAUCAACAUGUCUGAUGUUCUGAUGUUAAACCACUACAACGUAUCAACAUGUCUGAUGUUCUGAUGUUAAACCACUGCAACGUGUCAACAUGUCUGAUGUUCUGAUAUUAAACCACUGUAACACGUAUCAACAUGUCUGAUGUUCUGAUGUUAAACCACUACAACGUAUCAACAUGUCUGAUGUUCUGAUGUUAAACCACUGUAACACGUAUCAACAUGUCUGAUGUUCUGAUGUUAAACCACUGUAACACGUAUCAACAUGUCUGAUGUUGUGAUGUUAAACCACUGUAACACGUAUCAACAUGUCUGAUGUUCUGAUGUUAAACCACUGUAACACGUAUCAACAUGUCUGAUGUUCUGAUGUUAAACCACUACAACGUAUCAACAUGUCUGAUGUUCUGAUAUUAAACCACUGCAACGUGUCAACAUGUCUGAUAUUCUGAUAUUAAACCACUACAACGUGUCAACAUGUCUGAUGUUGUGAUGUUAAACCACUGUAACACGUAUCAACAUGUCUGAUGUUCUGAUGUUAAACCACUGUAACACGUAUCAACAUGUCUGAUGUUCUGAUAUUAAACCACUGUAACACGUAUCAACAUGUCUGAUGUUCUGAUGUUAAACCACUACAACGUAUCAACAUGUCUGAUGUUCUGAUGUUAAACCACUACAACGUGUCAACAUGUCUGAUGUUCUGAUAUUAAACCACUGUAACACGUAUCAACAUGUCUGAUGUUCUGAUGUUAAACCACUGUAACACGUAUCAACAUGUCUGAUGUUGUGAUGUUAAACCACUACAACGUGUCAACAUGUCUGAUGUUGUGAUGUUAAACCACUGUAACACGUAUCAACAUGUCUGAUGUUCUGAUGUUAAACCACUGUAACACGUAUCAACAUGUCUGAUGUUCUGAUGUUAAACCACUACAACGUGUCAA